AUGGCAUUGGAGAUCGUCAAGGCAUGUCAAGAUAGCUCCAACCCCAAUCGAAGUCUUAUGACCAAGAAAACAUUAGUGGAACAGCUUAGGCAGUGGUGCUUGUUCUCACAGUGCGUCGACGAAGAAAUGGAGGCUGAGGAAGAGGGUGAUAUGGCGGUGGAAUGCAAUGCCGACUUGGUGGAAGGAUCCUCCGAGUCAAGGUUCCCCGCGGGCCCUGCUUUUGAACAUACACCUAGACCCCUUGACCCGAGGGAUGAUGACCCGGCGAGCUCCGACGAUAGCUGA